GGGUGUGUUUUUAGCUUUCAAUCACAUUAAAUUGCUAAUUACAAUCUUGAACACCAAUUUAGAGAGAGCAACCAAAUUAAAUUAAAAUCAUGGGGAAGGCAACGAAAGUAUUGCUGCUAACUCUGUGUUUGGUGGGAUUCGUUGCUUCAGUUGCCACCGAGGGGAAUGACAUUGGGACUACUACUGUCUACGACCCACCUUACAGUCCCAAUAAAUGUUUUGGAGAUAAGCCUCUCAAGACUACGCUGUUGGCUAGAGUAGGCGAUGCCUUAUGGGAUGAAGGGGAUGCAUGUGGUAACAUGUUAAUAGUGAGGUGCGAGAGAAUCGGCGACGCCUCAAACAGACUUUGUAAAGAGAACGCUACUGUUGUUACAUUAAUAGUUGAUCACUGUUCAAACUGCAAGACAACUUUUGAGAUAUCUGUAGAUGCUUAUGCCAAGCUUUUCGACGUUGUCGUAGUUCGAGGACUCGUGGUUUCAUAUGACAUGAUAAACACGUUGGAGGGAUAGAUGAGCUUGAUAAGAGAAGCUUGUGUGUAGUUCCCCUAGCAAGUUUCUUAUCAUUAGUUUUCCAAUAUCAUAAUUUAAAUAAAUAAAAAGGGGAAUAAACAAAGAAUAUGUGAAGAGUAUAAUUAAGGAUGAUCUAUGUAUAUCUUCACGUAAUAAAUAUCAGUUGGCUUUGUUUGUAGUUUAUUUUCAAUGAGAGAAAAAUGAACUUGCAUCUCCUCUUUCUUAA